GGUUGGGGUCUCUGCUGCUGCUGCGUCCCCCCCCAGGCCGGAUCCUGCCCGAUGGAGGUGCUGAGCCCCCGCGUCCCAGCUCUGGACCCCUUCAUAGCCCAGGAGGCACCCCCCGCAGCCUAUUACGUCCCAGACUUCAUCUCCGAGGCGGAGGAGGCCCGGCUUUUGCAGCAGGUGUACGCAGCCCCCAAGCCCAAGUGGACCCAGCUCUCUGGAAGGAGGCUGCAGAAUUGGGGGGGGCUGCCCCAUCCCAAGGGCCUGGUCCCGGAGCCGCUGCCCCCCUGGCUGCAGCGCUGGGUUGAAGAGGUCUCGGCCCUGGGCGUUUUCGGAGGGCAGGCGGCCAAUCACGUCCUGGUGAACGAAUACCGCCCCGGGCAAGGCAUCAUGGUGAGUCCGCGGGGUCGGGGGCACCGCUCUGGACGUGCCCCGCAGGUCCCGGCGGCCCAGACGGAAGAGCAGCGCCACGUCCUGUCCUUGCUGCUGGAGCCCCGCAGCCUGCUGGUGCUGCGGGAGGAGCUGUACAGCCGGUACCUGCACGGGAUCCGGGCAGCCACCUCCGACGCCCUCACCGCCAAGGUGGCCAAUCUCUCCGCCUGCCGCGCGGUGCCCGGCGCCCUGCUGCCCCGGGGCACCCGGGUCUCCCUCACCAUCCGCCGCGUCCCCAAGGUGCUCCGAACAGCCCCGAUGCUGGGCAGGAGGAAAUGAGAGGGCGCUUCCUUCGGGGUGGGCUGUGACCCGCCGUGCGGAGCGGCCCCGAAGCCGAGGGCGGCGGUGACCCCAAGUGGGACGGGGGUGGAUUCUGCUCCGGGAGCCGGACGCCUGGGUUCUGUCCCCGGCUUCGAGGAGACAGUUGGGUUCAGUGGUUGGAGCAGGAGGCACUCCUGGCUUCUCUUGCCAGCUCUAGGAAGGGGACAGUAUUAGAGCAGGGGCCUCUGACGCCGGAGCUCCUGGCCUGUGCACCCCUCCUGCCCGUGAGCUUCGGGUGAGACCCACCCGCAUCCGGUGCCUCAGUUUCUCCUGGUGUACAAUGGGCCCCUCCAGCUCCAUGGCACGCCUCUAUAUUCAUCUUGAUACAUGGAGUGGAAAUAAAGCUCCUUGCUGCACCUGC